UGAAUUAACUUGGACAGUUUGUACAUGAGCAAACAAGCUAACAACAAAUUAUACAAGGAGGCGACAUUUUAUAUCUUAUAUUUUGUUUUUGAAGACAACGUUCGUUUCAUCUCUAUAGACAAAGUGGGACUCGUUGAUAAUUUAAUGAUUUUAAAUUAAGACGGGACGCCCACUUGUAAAGUCUACCAUCCUCAACAUCCGGUUGUUUUGUGAUGUUUCCGAGGUAAACGAGGGAGGCACCAUUUUGUUUGGACCGUUCCAUAAAACAGAGACUGCUCUUCCCCGUGUAGUCUCGACCUCUUUGAAACUCAUGUAGACCCAGUUAAGACCCUAAAGCAUUUUAUUUGAUUUUCUAAAUUAUAGUUCUCAUGAUGUUUUGCUGGCAUCAAACAAACCUGUAGGUUCCCAAGAACACGGUUUUAAUAUAUCCAGCACGCAACUUCACAUACACCGACUGCCAUUAACUAUCACCCUUCUCGUCGUCCAAAACACCUUAACAUUUCUUAUACUCGCGAGAGUUAACUGUGUGUGUACUUCAGGUACCAUAGAAAUUUCCAUACAUUACAGUUCUUAAUUAUUUUCUCAGUCAGGCACCCCUUCUUUCCCAGGAGAGAAAAAAAAUACUAGAGGUGGGUUUACUUAUAAACAUUUUGCAAACAGCACUUGUUUGUAUAAAAAUAUGUAUAAAGUAAUGAACAACUAAGUGUCAACAAAGGCACUUCUUUUGUGACCUUCAAGAACACUGUGUGCAGUGCAUGCUGGGAUGCUUGGGAGACUUACUUUGACGUCAUCAAUAAGAUGAGCUCGGUAAUGAUGUUAUCAGUGGGUCAAGACUCAACGCAUACUCGAAAUGCUUAUUGGGUGAUCUGGGCCCUCCUGCUCUGCGAUUGGCCGGCUACUGUGACCGAAGGUGAUGUGACCAAUCAGGAUCCGUGUCCUCUGUGCGACGAAGCCAAAGAAGCUCUGCAGCCCCUCAAGCACAAAAAGUCCAGAGAGUUCCGAACAGUCAACAUGGACACCAAGCAAAGAACUCAGAGACUCUCUGGUGGACAUGUACACAGAUAAGCCUCAAGUGAACGAGGAACUGCGGCAGUGACUUCCUUCACCCGGCCAGCGUCCGCUGAAUCCUGUCCUCGGUGCAGAACCAUCUGACAAGCUUGUGGUCCUCCAGCUCCCUCUGGAGGCUCCUGCUACUAGCGCCACCCUUCCUACCCACGAUCGGACAUCUGGCUUGGUGUCCUCCAGAACGUCGGCAGUCAUGGAGGCGGACUUGUCAGCCGGAGGACUCUUUCCGACAGGUCUAGAGAUCUGCGAGGGUCCUGGCGGUCCGACAACACGAGGGCCGCUUGUCAACAGCGGCCAUCGGGACGCCGCCAUUGGCCACAGAGCAGCCUACGGUCAAGCCCCGCCUCCAGACGCGGACAGGAAGAUGUCUCUGCUACUCCGAGAGCUGGACGCACUGAGGGAUGCCAACAAGAAGCUGCUGGAGCGGCUGAACCUGAAGGAGGAGGCGCUCCAGAGCAAGGAGGCGGAGCUGAUGGCCGACACCAAGCAGGCUAAAGACUGGGAAGGACCUUCAGAGUUCUUGGAACAGUUGUUGAGCGCUCGCAAGGAAAGAGACGAGGCCAUGAUGUCUCGAGUCCUGCUGGCCAAUCAGGAGCGAGAUGAGGCUUUACGCCAUGUGGCCCGACUGCAGCAGGCUGCAAAGUCCGACGCUAGUGACGGCCCGGCCCUCGGCGACAGUGACUUGGAAGCGGAGGAGCUCCUGGGCCGCGUUUGUCAGGCGGUCUCGGCGCAGGAAGUGGCCCACUUGGGUCGGGCCCUGGUGGAGCACGUGCGGCUGGCCACGCAGCGCCGGCGCCACAUGGCCGCGCAGGAGAUGAAGGCCGUCAUGGAGCAGCGAGACGGCUCGCUCGCCAAGUGUCGACGGCUGCAGCAGGAAGUCUUGCGGGAGCGAGAGCAGAGGCCGAGCAAGGAAGAGCUGAUCAAACUUCAGCGGGAGCGAGACGCGGCCUGGGACGACAGGAGACGCCUGGAGGCGGAGUUAAUGCAAGCCAAUCACAGGUUCGAGCAACUCGCAAAAGCUCCGCCCCCCGAUAAUGAUGAUGGCCACUCCCGGGCUCCGCCCCUUCUGGCUCAGCUACAGCAGCUCACCGAGGACAAGCAUAAUGUGGAGGCGGAGCUUCUACGCUCCCAGGAGGCAGAGCGUGACGCCAGCGAGAGAGUCCACAGAUUGGAGCGUCUGGUGGAAGUUUUGAGGAAAAAAGUCGGCACAGGAAGCCUGCGCCCUGUUGUUUGAUCGCUUGGAUCGGGCCAUGUCAUCCUUUGUCGCCGUGACGACGAACGGUGAGAUUGUUCAGCGCGUCUUGUCUCAAUAAAAUGCCAUUGAAAAUGCAAA